ACCGGCGCGCGGUGUAUUGAUAAGCGCUACGCUACGCAGCGUACGCUUAGGUUUCAUUCCAGCUCGUCUUCUGCCGGUGGGGCAUCACAUUUUUAUCACAAUCAAUUUCAUUCUAUUAAUACGAACCGAGGAGGAGCCCGACCUCCAAAAUCUAGUCAAUUGUCUGUCGAAUCAAGUUUAGUUUAGUUCCGUCUGUUACGGUGAGCGUACCGCAUCGAAACGUACGGCCUGCGGCAAUGUUGGAGUUUUACGUGGCCGUUAUCGUGCUGGCCGUUUGCCUGUACUUCAAAUGGAGCUGCAGCUACUGGACCCGGCAGGGCGGUGUGGCCGGCCCGAAGCCGCUCCCACUCUUCGGCAAUCUGUUCGAGCAGCUGACGGGGCAGAAACAUUUUGGAGAAAUUUUUGAGGAAAUGUACCGAGCGUUCCCGCAGGCCAGCUGGAUCGGGUACUACAAGAUAUCGAACCAGCCGGGCAUUGUGGUGCGCGAUCUGGAGCUGGUGAAGGAGGUGCUGACCAGCAGCUUCUCGUCGUUCAAUCAGAACGAUUUCAUCAUCGACGAAAAGCUCGACCCGCUGGUAGCGUUCAAUCCGUUCGUGCAGGCCGGCGAACGGUGGAAGGAACGGCGGGGCCAGAUGACGGCCGUGUUUACGAUGAACCGGAUCCGGGCAACGUUCCCUUUGGUGCAGCAGGUGGCGCAGGACUUUGUGCAGUUUAUCGAGCGAACGCGCAAAAUGGAUCCGCACUUUGAAGGGAAAGAUAUAUGCGCCAAGUAUACGAUCAACGUUGUGGCAAGCGUCGCCUUCGGAAUUGAUGCGGAAUCGUUCACCAACCCGAACGCGGAGUUCCCUCGCAUGGGUAACGCGUUGUUUGCUCCUACCUGGCUGACGGCGAUUCGAUCGCAGUUGGCCCUGUUUGCACCUGGAUUGGCGAAGCUUCUGCGCGUACCCUUCGUCCCUGGAUAUGUAGAUCGCUGGUUUAGGAGCAUGGUGCGGGAAACGAUACGCCAACGGGAGGGCGCAAAACGACAGGAUCUGUUCCAGGUCAUGUACGACAGCCUGUCCGAGAAUGGGACGGUGGAAGCGAACGAGAACCACCUCGUCGGCCAUUCGGUAACGUUCCUGUCGGAGGGUUUCGAAACUUCCAGCUCGAUGAUGAGCUACCUGCUGUACGAGCUUGCCUCAAAUCCAUCGAUACAGGACCGUGUAGUGAAGGAGCUGCGCACGGUUUUGGAGGAAUCCGAUGGGCAGCUGACGGAAGCAGCCCUCCACAAGCUGGUCUACAUGGAAGCGGCCAUGAUGGAAACGCUGCGGAUGCAUACGCCCGUCUUUACACUGCCGCGCAUCUGCACGAAGGAUUACGAGUUGCCGCCCCAGUUCCCAACCGACACGAAGCGUAUCACGCUGCGCCGCGGUACGUCCGUCAUCAUUCCGGUGUAUGCCAUUCACUACGAUCCGGAAAUCUACCCCAUGCCGUACAAGUUCGAUCCGGAUCGUUUUCUGGAAGAGAACCGCAAAUCCCGUCCGCGGCAUGCGUUCCUCGGCUUUGGUGAGGGUCCACGGUUGUGCUUGGGAAUGAAAUUUGCUCUUCAUCAAAGUAAGAUCGGUAUUGCCACCCUGCUGAACAAGUAUCGCGUUAAGGUGUCUUCGAAGCAGGAGCUGCCCCUGGAGUUUGCUAAAUCUAGCUUCCUGUUGAACCCGAAAUCUGGCCUUUGGCUUAACUUUGAGGAUAGAGAGUAGAGGAGUGUUGCAUCACGAUGAGAAUAAAUAUGUUUCUCCUUCAUUA